UGUGAAUGCUCUAUAGUGCUGGAAGCAGCAGCAGACAGAUGCAGUCGCUAUCCAGGGGAAGCAGGUCACAUACUGAUAAGCUGCAACACUGACACCUUCCCGGCAAAUCAGACUCCGGGAGCAAAGCAGGAACCUCCCUGACAUCAGGGGCCGUGGUGGACUUUGGGGACACUGAAUUUUGCAUUUCCACCGGGACCUUCCAGAGAGAGAGAGAGAGAGAGAGAGAGAGAGAGAGAGAGGGGACCCUGAAGUCACAAUGUCAUUGUCAACUACGCGACGGCUACAGCGCGGAACUCCUCUGCCGCUUCAUCCAGGAAUAAUGGAGUCUCCCAGUGUGGACAAAGAUCUGCUAGAAGGAUGCACGUCUCCCUUUGAACUGAAAUCAGCCCCAAGCAAGAAGAUGUGGGUCAAGCUGCGAUCUCUCCUGAAGUACAUGGUAAAACAACUGGAAAAUGGAGAGGUCAACAUUGUAGAGUUGAAAAAAAACUUGGAAUAUACAGCAUCGCUCUUGGAAGCGGUUUAUAUCGAUGAGACAAGGCAGAUUCUAGACACAGAAGAUGAACUGCCAGAAAUCCGAUCAGACUGUGUUCCAUCUGAAGUCCGGGACUGGCUGGCCUCCACAUUUACCCAGCAUACACGGUCAACUGGCCGGAGGUCUGAAGAGAAGCCCAGGUUUCGCAGCAUCGUCCAUGCAGUGCAGGCGGGAAUCUUCGUGGAAAGAAUGUUUCGAAGAUCAUACACAGCAGUUGGACCCAAUUAUUCUGCAGCUGUUGUUAACAGUUUAAAGCACUUGGACCUGUGGGACUUUGAUGUAUUUGUGCUGAACAGAGUGAGCGAGGAUCAUGCCUUGAAAACCAUUGUUUUUGAACUUCUGACCAGGCACAAUCUUAACAGUCGAUUCAAGAUUCCUAUUGCAUUUCUCAUGAGUUUUUUGGACUCUCUGGAAAGCGGUUAUGGGAAAUAUAAGAAUCCGUACCAUAACCAGAUCCAUGCAGCAGAUGUAACACAGACAGUUCAUUGCUUUCUUCUCAGAACGGGCAUGGUGCACUGUCUGAAUGAGAUUGAGAUUUUGGCUAUCAUUUUUGCUGCGGCCAUCCAUGAUUUUGAACAUACAGGAACGACAAACAGCUUCCACAUCCAGACAAAGUCAGACUGUGCCAUUCUGUACAAUGACCGCUCAGUGCUGGAGAAUCACCACGUCAGCGCAGUUUAUCGGAUUAUGCAAGAUGAUGAGAUGAAUAUCUUUGUCAACCUCACUAAGGACGAGUUUGCGGAACUAAGGUCUCUGGUCAUAGAGAUGGUCCUGGCCACUGAUAUGUCUUGUCAUUUUCAGCAAGUCAAAACCAUGAAAACAUCUCUGCAACAGCUAGAAACCAUGGACAAAUCAAAGGCUCUUUCUCUACUACUCCAUGCAGCUGAUAUCAGCCAUCCCACCAAGCAGUGGAAGGUGCAUGCACGAUGGACCAAAGCUCUAAUGGAAGAGUUUUUUAGACAGGGUGACAAAGAGACUGAAUUGGGAUUGCCCUUUUCUCCACUAUGCGACCGAAAGUCCACUUUGGUUGCCCAAUCUCAGAUUGGCUUCAUUGAAUUUAUUGUGGACCCCACUUUUUCAGUGCUUACAGAUGUGGCUGAAAAGAUUGUUCUUCCUUUAGUAGAGGAGGGAAGCAAAUCCAAAUCAACUGCUUCAGUCAACCAGUCAAGCUCUCAGUGGAGGCAGCCAUCCAUAGACGACCAAUCUGAAAUGGGAGACAUUAAUGCUGACAUUAAAAGCUUUCGAACAACGUGGACAAAGUAUAUCCAGGAAAACAAGCAAAAGUGGAAGGAAAGAGCAGCCAGCGGAAUCACUAACCAAACGUCUGUGGAUGAGCUCUCCCCAUGCGAGGAGGUACAUAGCACAGAGGAAAAUGGCAACGUGGACUAGUGCAGUUACCCUGGAUACCAGGCAAUGCUCCUGUCCAGAACAAAGUUUUUAUGGCACUUCAGAUCCCCUCACUGCAGUAUGGAAGAAUUAGAAUGCAGAAAGUAAUAUAAUCAGCUCUGAGUGAGGUCAACUGUCACUUUGCACACACAGAAAGAAGGGAUUCAGGGAUCUAGCUUGCCCUUCGAAUCCCUCCAUCUGUGACACUGUGUGGACUGACUCCCAGACCUUUACACAGCUCUUCCUACUUCUCUUUCUCAACAGCCUCUCAAUGGAAAUACUAAGCUGCCUCUUCUCCAUGUAGCAUUUCCAACAGAGGUAUCUUAUUCUUUAGUGAGUCUCUCAAAUUAGGGCACUCUAUUUUGUUGUUGUACACAAGUCACACAAACAGUCAUCAAUGCAGUGCUCUGCAUGACUCUCAAGCAGUCAAACAGAAAUUGGCUCAUUGUCUUCAAGAUUGAUGCAAAAAUAAUAAAUGAAACCACAGUCCCUUUACAUAUGGACAGUGAAAGCGUGGAAAGGAGAAGAAGCAAGGGGAAUUGCAACCUGUAAUGCAUUACUGCAUUUAAAGAAAAGUAGAAAGUAUGGAACCAAGGCAUCUCCUAAUACAAACCUUAUUAAGACAAUUUACCUGGGGCAAAACCAAGGGCAACAUCCCCACCAAAAUACAAUAUUCCUACAGCUGGUCAAUAUAAAAGUCGAAGGAUUCUGGAUGCUGUAAGAAAUUGAAGUGAUCCUUAUUAUUCUUUAUUAACACACACAAUUAACAGAAGCCAGUGGAACACAGACUCAGUUCUUCCAUUGCAUUGUGAUCUAAUUACCCACACGGAAGGGACCAAAGCAUGUUAGUAAAGUCCUUUUAUUAGAAUGAUGUGUACUGUAUUGCAUUUAUUACACCAAUUGUGUACUGCUGCUGAACACAUUAUUAGCACAGAGCAUUGCUGUAAUAGAAUAGUUUCUGCUAGGCAGACAUUGCUUUUUAUAUUUUUCCUCUGUUCUAAAUAAUAUGCAAAUAAUAACAUAUUCAUUAAUUUUGACGUACAUAAGCAGGGCUCUGUCCACUCUUAUUCCUGAGAGUAUACAGAGCAUUGCUCAUGUAAUCCUUUCUAGACAUUGUCACAGAUUCUACUGAUAGCAACAAAUCAACUCUUCAUCUCCCCUGUUUUUAACAUGAGUAGCAUUCCUUCAUAUCCUACAGAUGGAGCAGGUUCAAUGGAAGUCUGUUCCAUCUGUAGUUCCAUGGUCUGGUUAAUGAAAGCAGAAGCUUGCA